GGUAGGAGCACCAGCAGCGGUCACAUCAUCACACAAAUACACUCACACACACAGAGGAGGCUGUGUGUUCAGAGAAGCGGAGACUCCCAAGGGUCAAACACACACACACAUACACACACAUACAUACAUACACACACAUACACACGCUCAGUGUGAAGGACGAACUGCGCGAGAAGGAGACGAAAACAGCCGGAACAUUUGGAAAUAUCGAAACAGGGAAGUUGGACUCGAGCGCGUCGGCUUCAGUGGUGGAAAAGUGUCAUCGGCAGCAUGUUCAGCUGGGUGAAACAGGAGCAAGGUGGACGCAACAAGGAAGGAGAGAUGUACCAAACGGUGACGGAGGGACUCCAGAGCCUCUACCUCAAGAAGCUGCUGCCGCUGGAGGAGACAUACCUCUUCCAUGACUUCCACUCCCCGGCCCUGGAGGCGGCCGACUUCCAGAGCAAGCCCAUGGUGCUGCUGGUCGGCCAGUACUCCACUGGGAAAACCACCUUCAUCAGGUACCUGUUGGAGCAGGAUUUUCCGGGGAUGCGGAUCGGUCCAGAGCCGACCACUGACGGCUUCAUCGCCGUGAUGUACGGAGACAACGAGGGCGUCGUCCCCGGCAACGCUCUGGUGGUCGACCCCAAGAAGCCCUUCAGGAAGCUCAACGCGUUCGGAAACUCCUUCCUCAACAGGUUUAUCUGCUCUCAGAUGCCCAAUCAGGUUCUUCAGAGCAUCAGUAUCAUCGAUACUCCCGGUAUCCUGUCAGGAGAGAAGCAGCGGAUCAGCAGAGGUUAUGACUUUGCGGAGGUCCUGCGUUGGUUCGGGGAGCGGGUGGAUCGGAUCAUUCUGCUGUUCGACGCUCACAAACUGGACAUCUCAGACGAGUUCUCUGAAGCCAUCCGAGCCUUCAAAGGACAAGAUGACAAGAUCCGAGUCGUCCUCAACAAGGCUGACCAGGUGGACACGCAGCAGCUGAUGAGGGUGUACGGCGCCCUCAUGUGGUCCCUGGGGAAAGUGAUCAACACGCCCGAGGUGGUGAGAGUUUAUCUGGGCUCCUUCUGGGCCAAACCUCUGCAGAACACCGAGAACAGGCGUCUGUUCGAGGCGGAGUCUCAGGACCUGUUCAAGGACAUCCAGAGUCUCCCGAGAAACGCGGCGCUCCGUAAACUCAACGACCUCAUCAAGAGAGCGAGGCUGGCCAAGGUGCAGGCGUACAUCAUCAGCUACCUGAAGAAGGAGAUGCCAUCUCUGUUUGGGCGGGAGAAGAAGAAGGAGGAGCUGAUCAUGAGGCUGCCAGAGAUCUACACCAUCCUGCAGAGAGAGCACCACAUCAGUCCUGGAGACUUCCCCAACGUCACCAAGAUGCAGGACAUGUUGCAGCACUACGACUUCAGCAAGUUCCCGUCUCUGAAGAUCAAGCUGGUGGAGUCGGUGGACAAGAUGUUGGCCACAAAGAUCGCCGGUCUGAUGUCGAUGAUCCGGGACGAGGAGUCCAAGCUGCCGCCGCCGAUGGUGUCGGGCGGCGCCUUCGAGGGCUCCCAGGACGGGCCCUUCGGCCACGGCUACGGCGAGGGCAUCAGCGCCGGCGCCGACGCCGAGGACUGGAUCAUCGGCCGCGAGAAGCACCGCUACGACGAGAUCUUCUACAUGCUGAUGCCCAUCAACGGCAAGAUCAGCGGCGUCAACGCCAAGAAGGAAAUGAUGAACUCGCGGCUGCCCAACACCGUGCUCGGCAAGAUCUGGAAGCUGGCCGACUGCGACAAAGACGGCAUGCUGGACGACGAGGAGUUCGCCCUCGCGCAGCAUCUCAUCAAGAUCAAACUAGAGGGAUACGAGCUGCCGUCUGAGCUGCCCCACCACCUGGUGCCCCCGUCCCACCGCAAAAACCCCACUGCCGACGCCAUGUACAACCACAGCGAGGACUAGGGGCGGCGGCCAAAGUUAGCACCGUUUACCGGCCAAAUGCUGGUGAAAUGUGCAAGUGGCUGGUAGAUUUGAUAGGGGUGGAAAUCACAAGUUUUAUCACCAUACGAUACAUCGAUUCUUUGGACAACGGUACGAUGUUUGAGGAUAGCUUUAAAGCCCAUUUAAAACACACACACGCACACACACACACACACAUACAUACACAUAGACACACACACACACACACAGACACAGACACAGACAC